CGGUACAUUCAGCGUGAUUGACACCCAGACUGUCGUGUAAAGCACUGGGGUCCGGUACCCAGUCAAGAACUGCAUCCAGUGCCCUGCUGAAGCGCCCGUGCCUGUGAUCGACCAGCUGGAGUUUUGGGGUCUUUAAAAUCGUGAUACUGCUUUUCUGAUCUUUGUAUAUAUAGAAGAAGCCGAGUCCCGAUCGAUUUGCGAUCGACGAACGGGCAUAUCCGGCACUUCCGUAACGAUGGCGCGUGUGCAUAGUUUUACUCCGGGACGAUUUCCUGAUGGCUAGGUGUUAGAGUUGUCGCAAUCUUCGUAUCCCGAUUCUUUAUUUUUAAGUCUGAAAUGUGCAGAUCGGCCUUCAACUGAUGUCAUAAACUGCGCAUUCGAGUCGCUUUCUGCAAGAAAUUGCUUAUUGUUGGAGGCAUAAUCCAAUCUUAGCGUCGGAACAGGGUUUGCAAUCGGACACACGCCUGUAACCAGUUUUUCCCAUUGAGACGACCGCAGUCGAGCGUCGCCGCUUUGACAGCAGAGAGUUGCAUCGCCACGCUAGUGGUCUUACUAGUGCACCUGUCAGACGCUAGUGACAUAUACACGGAUAAGCCACACCGCGAGGUUGCUCUCAAGCAAUUCAAACCUGCCUAUUAUCAAGAGACCUGAGUCGCCUGCGUAACGCAAGGCGAUAUGAGACAACUGAACUGGUAGAGAAUCAGGCCAAGCCGAAGCCGGUGGACGAGGACCGCAUGGAAACAUCUCGCGGGCCCGUGCGCGAGGAGGUGGAGGCUAUGGAGGCCCUGGCCGCGUUAAGUGGAGGUCACGGACAUGCCCCUGCGGCGGGCGUUCUCAGCAGGAGAAAGCUGCCAAGCGAAACUGCGCAGCAAGGGCAGCCCCCGCUCCACCCUCUGGGCUUUAGAGGGGUCUGCUACAAUAGGAUGACUCGGCGAUGGCAGGCUGGCAUCGCGGCUCACGGCAGGGCCAUAUCCCUGGGCGCGUUCGACGCUGAGGAAGACGCCGCGCGCAUCUACGACAAAGCAGCUCUGCGAAUCCGCGGCCUUAAGGCGACAGUCAACUUCCCCGUGCGGGACUACCUGUUGCCUGAUGGCGCCCUCGCGCUGGACCUGCAGGUAGAGGCGCUGCUGCUGGAGGCGUUUCUGUCCCGAGCGGUGCCGGCGGACGCGGCGACGGCGGCUGCUGUGGGCGACGUGGUGCGGCAAUGCCUGGGCCGUAUCAAUGGUGCCGACCCCGCGGACCUGCAGGAAGCCGCCGAGGCGCUGGGACCAGGCUACAUGCGCCUCAUGGGCCUCAUUGCUGACGCGGCAGAGCUGUUGGCGGCGUCAGCCGCCACCGGCGUCGGCGCCCCUGGUGGCGGCGGAGGCGCCGCUGCCGCUGGCGGCGCGACUGGCGGAGCCGGCGUGGUGAGCCACGGCAGUGGCGAAGCCGGCGCUGGGGCUGGCACUGGAGCCGGAGUCGGCAUUACUGGGAAUGGCGACGCUGUGGGCGCGCGCAGCGGCUUGGGGAGGGAAGCUGGUGGGCCGUCUGUGAGCACCGACGGCAGCCAGCGCGCGGACGCCGCCGCUGCGGCCUCGCUGUCAGCGGGCGGAGGGGUGGAGGGGCUGCGCGGCGCCGCCAGCUGCCAGGGCCCAGUCGGCGCGGGCGGCCCAUGUGUUGGCGUUGCGCCGGACGGAGGACUCCGCCGCGAUAAGCCUGGGCACUCACCGUCGCCAAGCGCCGCAGAGGGUGCCGUCGGCGGCACGACGGUGGCGGCGCGGCGUGCGGGGCCCCCCGAGGCCGCGGCCGCGCCUGACGGCGCCGGCGCGCAGCUGCCGCCCAUCCCGCCCAUCGCUACGCCUCCCUACCUGCCGCCGAACUUCAUGCAGAACAUGUGUCAGCUGCUGGCGACGCACACCCGCGCCACCGAGAGCGAUCAGCAGCGGCAGCGGGGCAAGGACGCGCCCGCGGCGGCAGCGCCGCCGCCUCCUGCGGUGGUGGUGGCUGUGCGUCAGCUGGAAGAGUUUGGCUUCCCGCUGCCGCUGCUGAUGCAGGGCGCAGACCACCUGGCCUCCGCUGGCAUCGUGUCGCCCCAGCACUUCAAAAUGCUACAAGCGGCCGUGGGCGGCGGCGCAGCCGCCGCCGGCGCCAAGCGCAAGCAGCCUGAAGACGAGGCCGCUGAGGCCCUGCCGCACAAAGACCACUCGGGUGACGUGGACGGCCAGGCGACGAAGCGACGGGAGCUGGAGCGCGUGGGGGAACCCGCGCCUGCGGCGCCCGCCGCCAGCGGCCGCACGCGCAGCCCAUCUGUGCCCCCUGCCGGCGCUGGUCUGCGCCUCGACCCGAGCUCGGCGGUGGUUAUGGCAGCCGCCACCGUCGCCGCCGGCGCCGCCGGUGGCGUGCCGCUGGCGGCGAUGCCGACGGCGCCAACGGAGCAGGCCGCGGUCAUGACGGCGAUUGAGAACGCCGCGGCGGCGGUGGCGGCGAUGCCGCCGGUGGGCCCUGUGCCGCCGGCGCUGGCGCUGGCGGGCAGCGGCCUGAUCGGUGGCGGCGGUGGCCCACCGUUGAAGCACAUUGGCUUGGGCCGCCGUCUGUUCCAGGCAAUUCAGGGCCAGCUGCCGCCAGGCUGCGAGCUGGAAUCGCUCAUGCCGCCCAAGUGCGGAUUUGUGGGGGUGCUGUACGCCGCGCCGCCGUCCUGCAGCGCCUCCGGCAACCAGGCGGGCGCGGGGCUGUGGGACGGCGCGGCGGUGCGUGACCUGGGCCUCUACUCCAGCGACCGCGACGCCCGACAGGCCGUCAACAGCGCCGCACGACUGCUCGCAACCACCCUGGCCGCCGCCACCGGGGGUGGCGGCAGCGGCGUAGGAGCCGCCGGCUCCGCAGGCCCCGGCGCUGGCGACGCUGGCGCCGGCCGCGGCGCCAUGGCGCCGCCGGCCAUGAGGGGCGCCGGCGCAGGUGCCCGCGGCGGCGGCGGCCUGGCGUCCAUCAACAGUGCCAGCUUGUUUCGGUCUUCGGGCAACAGCUCCAUGUCGGCGGGCGGCACGGGCGCCGUCGCGCCCGCGCCCGCCACGGCGCCGCCGGCGGGUGCGCGGCACGGCGGCCGGCCGCUGGAGCCGGCGCCGUCGGCGGGAGGGCUGUCGACGCUGCGCUCCGGGCCGUCCUUCUCCGGGCCGAUGCGGGCGCACGCGGCCGCAGGCGCCGUCACCGCCGGCGGGCGGUUACCGGCCGCCGGCAGCCUGGCGGCGGCGGGCUCGACGGGCAGGCGGGAUGGCCCGCUGCGGCAGACACCGGCGCCGCCGCCGCUACUGCGGUCGGAGAUGAGUGCGGGCGGCCAUCAAGGUGUGGGUGCGGACCGCGUCAGUGGUGGCGGGGGUGUUGGCGGGCCAGGGCCGGUUGUGCGCCGCCGGCCUUCGGGCGGCGCGUCAGCGUCGAUGUCGACGGCGCCGAGCGGCUCCACCUGGCUUCAGCAGAGCCUGGAGGGCAGGGGUAGCGUGAUGGGUCCCUACCUGGUGGGCGGCCCCGACGUGGCGGACGACGGCUCCGUCAACCUGCUGUGCCAGAUCCUGGUGCCGCAGGCGGAGCCGCUUACCAGCGACGACCUGAACAACGUCAUUGCUCGUUCCCUCACGCCCGCCGCGCUCCAGUCCCUGCUAGGAAACAACGUCACCGCCGCCGCGGCUGCAGCCGCCGUCGCCAACGGUCUCAGCGCCGCCAACCGCGGCCCCCUGCUGGCGCCGGCGCGCCCUAGCCAGCCCAACGGCACCGCACGGCCUGCCCCACCGUUUAUGCCGGGACCGGCUCGAGGCGGAGCGGCGGCGGCGCCGCCGCCACCUGGCAUGGAUCCAAACCCCUUCCGCCAACAGCAAUCACUGAACCUACAGGAGGACAUGGGGUCGCCCCCCAACCCCUUCCGCCAACAUCAGCGCUCCGGCUUGGGUGCGGGCAGCGGCAGUGGCAGUGCCGCCGCGCGCGGCACAAAUUGGCUGGCGGCGCCGCCGGGACCUGCUGAGGCGAAGGAAGGCCAAGAGCUGACGAUUGAGCAGCAGCAGGAUCUGCUGAGGCAAGCCAAGGCAGCGGCGGCAGCGGCGCGCGUGAGCGGCAGCGGUAGCGGCGCCGCGGCGGCGGCGGACGUGCGGCGCCGCACGACAGCGGCGGACGAGGCCCUCGGCCGCAUGCCGUCACUAAGUGGCGGCGUCGCCGCCGCCGUGGCCGCGGCGGCGGACGAGGUGUUGUACGCUGGCACUGCGGGAACGGCUUUCGGCUCUGCGGAUGCGGCAGCUGCUGGCGGCGGCGGCGGCACGCACGUGGACCUGUUCUUCAGUCGCCGCAUGAUUGCAGCAGCCUCUGGCUGCGUUUCUGGCGGCGGCGCAGGCGGCAGCGGCGCGGUGCGGCGGACGUCGGGAUCCGGCGGGGCCGCUGCGGGCUCGGGUGCGGGCGCGUCGCCGCCCCCGCCACCCCUGGCACCGAAGCAGGAGGCGAGCGGGGAGGGCCUGCCGCUGGGGCCCUGCAUACCCGCCGGGGCGGCGGCGCGGGGCGGCGCGGGUGCCGCCCUGCCGCUGGGCCCGCCGCCUCCUCCGCUGCAGCCUCCCGGGGACCUCGACAUGGACGAUGCGGCAGAGCCGCCCGCGCCCGAGUCCGCCACCGUCAGCAAGGGAAGGUCGGAAGCCGCAUCGCCGCCGCUCCCGGAGGUGGCUGCCGCUCCCGACUCCGCCGCUGCCGCCGCCGCCGCCGCCGCCGUCAUUGGCUCCGGCUCCGCCUCCUUCGUGAAGGGCGGCGCUGAGCCGAGUCCGGACACAGAGAUGGCUGACGCGCCGGCCGACGCGCCCGCAGCGGCGCAAGCUUGGAACCGAGGAGGCAGCAGGGAUGGAGCAAACACAAGCAACAGCGCUGCAACCGCCCGGGCUCAGAGCUCGGGCCUGCCAGAUGCGAGCGCCUGCCUCACUGGGGAUGCAGACGUCACACAGAAUGCCCCAAGCCGCGCCACCGGCGCCGCCGAGGGCAAUGCGCCGUCGGCAAACGGGCUGUCGCGAAGCGCUGAUAGGAGCGGCGACUGCAGUGCUGGUGGCGGCGGCGAUGGCGACGGCUCAGCUGCGCCUCGGCUGCAGCGAGCUGUGAGCCGGGAGUUCGCGGCGGUGGCAAACCUGGUUGGCGUGGGGCUGCAGGAGGCUCUGGCGAAGCUUGCAAAAACUGGCCACCAGGAGUCGCCGCCAAGCAAAUGAGAAAUUUGCGGGCCGUCCCGUGCACGCGCGCUCUUGGUACGUGCGGUUCAUGCGCUGCGUUGUGUUGGCAACCGCACUGGCCGCACCAAUUGGCUGCGGCAACAUUACGUUUCAGACUGGAAGGGCAGUAUUACCGACGACCAUGGUGACAACACGAAUGGAAUGGUCCCCGCAGUCGGGCGUACGACUCGUGUUUGUAUUACUCGCGUAUCGAAUGCACUAUUGCUCCCGUAAGUGUGGAUGUGAGAGAACGCGUGACGUCGGCACGGCCGGCGCGCUUCGGGGGCUUGUCACAAGUCGGCCAUACACUUGCUAAUGCUAUUUGCUGCGAGAUGAGAGAUCUGCUCAAGGAUCUAAUGGGUUAUUGCACUCGAUCGGCGGGAAGGGAGCCAGACGAUGAGUUCAUCGCAUUUGUACAUGUGGGAGGGCGUGUUCCGGCUCGAACUGAUGAGAUAGCACUGGCUCGGCUCUAGAGAAGGACGUUCAACAUUUCAGCACGCUUGCGUGGGCGUAUGCAUGAUUUAUGUGGACAACAGCGACAACGGAAACGUUCAGGUUCGUGCUUGGCAUGACAUGACGUUGGAGCG